AUGAGACAAAUAAUUUUGGCAGAGAUCAGCGAAUUGACCACAAAAUGCAAUUCAUUGGAUGAAACGCGUCGCCGCUUCGAAAAACAGAUUGCCGAGGCGAACCGUGAAAUCACACACUGGCAAAAAGAAUUGGAGGAUGCGAAUCGCACGGUCAAACAUCUUGAGGACCGUCUGGCGAAUGCUGAGCAAGAGAAAGCAGCUGUUGACAGCGUACGCCGACAUCUAGAAGAUGAAAUCCGCAAAAUGCGAGAGCAGUUCAACAACACUUUGGUUGAUGUCGAGCGCAGAGCUGCAGAAGACGUCGACGAGCACGUUCGUACCAUCGAGGAUGAAAAUAAAAGACGGUAUAACGAUUAUUAA